AUGCGCUGCCAGGAGAUCCUGGGGGAUGCGGGGGCCACGCCAAGGGACGCCGAGGUGAUGUCGGGCCGAUGCCAGGGAUGCUGGAGCGACGCUGGGGCCGUGUCACGGGACCCGAGGGGAUGCCAGGUGACGCGAGGCGUGCCAGAGGGAUGCCGGGGGGACGCCAGAGCCGAGAAGACCGAGGUGUUGAGCGAAGAUCUGCUGCAGGUGGAGAAGCGGCUGGAGCUGGUGAAGCAGGUGUCCCACAGCACCCACAAGAAGCUGACAGCCUGUCUGCAGGGCCAGCAGGGCCUGGACGCCGACAAGCGCUCGAAGAAGCUGCCGCUGACAACGCUGGCGCAGUGUCUGAUGGAGGGAUCGGCCGUGCUGGGGGACGAUUCCCUGCUGGGGAAGAUGCUGCGCUUGUGCGGGGAGGCUGAGGACAAACUGGCACAGGAGCUGAUCCACUUUGAGCUGCAGGUGGAGAGGGAUGUCAUCGAGCCACUCUUUGUGCUGGCUGAGGUGGAAAUCCCAAAUAUCCAAAAGCAGAGGAAGCACUUGGCAAAACUUGUGCUGGACAUGGACUCCUCCAGGACAAGGUGGCAGCAGUCGGUGAAGUCCUCGGGUCUGGCCAGCAACCUGCAGUCCUCGGGCGCCAAAGCCGACGCUCUCAGGGAGGAGAUGGAGGAGGCAGCCAACAGAGUGGAGAUCUGCAGGGACCAGCUCUCGGCUGACAUGUACAAUUUUGUGGCCAAAGAAGUCGACUAUGCAAACUAUUUUCAAACUCUGAUAGAGGUGCAGGCCGAGUACCAUCGCAAAUCCCUGGCGCUCCUGCAGAACUUCCUGCCGCAGAUCAAAGCCCAGCAGGAGGCGUGGGUGGAGAAGCCCUCCUUUGGGAAGCCCCUGGAGGAGCACCUGGCUGUCAGCGGGCGGGAGAUCGCCUUCCCAGUGGAGGCCUGUGUGACCAUGCUGCUGGAAUGUGGGAUGCAGGAGGAGGGUCUCUUCCGAGUGGCUCCCUCAGCUUCCAAGCUGAAGAAGCUCAAGGCUGCCCUGGACUGCUGCGUGGUGGACGUGCAGGAGUACUCAGCUGACCCCCAUGCCAUCGCAGGAGCCCUAAAGUCCUACCUGCGGGAGCUGCCCGAGCCCCUCAUGACCUUCGAGCUGUAUGAGGAGUGGAUCCAGGCCUCCAACAUCCCAGAGCUGGAGAAACGGCUCCAGGCUCUCUGGAACGCCUGUGAGAAGCUGCCCAAAGCCAACUACAACAACAUCAGGUACGUCAUUAAAUUCCUGGCCAAGCUGACCGAGUACCAGGAUACGAACAAAAUGACCCCGAGCAACGUGGCCAUCGUGCUGGGGCCCAACCUGCUGUGGCCACAGGCCGAGGGGAACAUGACGGAGAUGAUGACGACGCUGUCGCUGCAGAUCGUGAGCAUCAUCGAGCCGCUCAUCCAGCACGCAGACUGGUUCUUCCCGGGAGACAUCGAGUUCAACGUGACGGGGAACUACGGCAGCCCCCUGCACGUGAACCACAACGCCAACUACAGCUCCAUGCCCUCGCCGGACAUGGAGCACGGCGAGCGCCGGCAGCACGAGCAGGCCCGCCGGCCCCUCAGCGUGGCCACUGACAACAUGAUGCUGGAGUUCUACAAGAAGGAUGGCCUUAGGAAAAUCCAAAGCAUGGGCGUCAGGGUGAUGGACACCUCGUGGGUGGCUCGCCGAGGCACCUCAGCGGGGCGCAAGGCGACCUCGGCUCCCCCGACCGCGCAGCCCCCGGCCCCGCCCCUCGAGCUUCCCCCCACCACUUUCAAGCCCCCGGAGCUGUCCCCGGGGCCGCCCCCCGCGCCCGCCCCCGCGGCCGAGCAGAGCCCGCACUCGCUGCGCAAAGGUAACCCCGGCGGCACCGGCCGGCGAGGGGGUCCCGGGGGCGGCAGAGUCCCCCAGGACGGGGACAACGGCCCUGAGAAGGUGGUGAUGCCCCUGGAGAAGUGCAAGUGUCCACAGGACAUGUUGGUGCUGUGUCCUCCCGUGGUCCCUGCGCUGCUGGAGGGGGACAACCAGGGGGACGCUUUGGAACUGGGCAGGAGUGGCAGAGAUGCUUUUUCUAUCCGAGGGGGUUGCUGUGCUCUCAUCAAGGGACACGAUGACACCGCCUGCCUUUGGCUGUGGUCACCCUGUCACUUCACACGUGCAGCCUCACCCUGCGGGUCCCCUGGGAGAAGGGACAGCAGUGUCACCUGCGCUUGGUGGGACAGAGCUUCAUGGGACGCAGGCAGUGUAACCGCCCUGGCUCGGGUGGGGUCCCCAGAGCAGAGGGCAGUGGUGAUACCCCUGGUGGUGGCACUAACACGGUGCCAGCCCCGGGGGGUGUCCCCAUCACUGUGCCCUCCCGCAGGUCUGCUCCGUUUUGAGGUCCCCUCCCUCCACGUGUCCCCGGAUGCCGCCCUGUGCCGGGACCCACCCGAAGCAGCGCAGAGACUCUCGGGGCCGAGCCUGACCCCGCGGCAGGAGGAGGAGGAGGAGGAGGAGGAGGAGGAGGAAUCGGAGAGCACAGCCCUAUGACAGUGUCCAUGUCCCCAAGCUCAUCCAUGCGGCACCCAGCCGCCAGCACCGGCCGCCGGCACCGAGAGCCACGGGCCCCUUUUGGGUGGCAAAAGCGCCCGGUUUUGGGGCGGCCGCUGUUCUUUAGUUCAUUUUUGUUCGCCUUAUCCAGACUUUGCCUUUGAACCGGGUGCCGGCCCCCCCUGCCCCACAGCACCCUCGAUCCUGGGGUGAUGCCACCAUGUCCUCAGUGCCCCGAGGCGUGUGCCACUGGGUGCUGGCCAGGGGACAGGAUGCUGGCCGGCACUUGACAGUGGGAUUUCCUUUCUUUGGCUUCUUCCCCCUCUGCUUGUUUGGGAGCAGGAUGGGACCUGACCAGCAAUAACCUGGGACAUAGGAUGUGCCCCUCCCGGCUCUCGAGGUGCUGGCGGGGGAGGUGCACGUCCCUUGGCACCCGCUGUACCCGGAGGUUGGUGGCUUUGGUCGUGCAUGCACAGACAUAUUAACCUUUUAUCCUUUCCAGAGAGAGAAGAUCUAUAUAUAUAUAUCGGCAGAGAUAUAUAUAUAUAUAUUCUAUAUUUGUAUAGAGAGAGAGAGAGAAAUUAUAGAGAGAUUUGUUUUAUCUGGAGCCAUUCCCGCCCGGCCGGGGCGAGAGGGAGGAUGGAAAUGGCAGCGCUUCGCCCCCGCCCCGCUCGCGCCGUGCCCCCUGCCCCAGGUGGGCACCAGGGGCACCAGCACCCCAAAGCAAUCAAUAAAUCCAAUAAACCCAUGUGCCACUCGCUGAGAACUGCCCGGAGGUCACCGGCCUUUGCUUCCUGCCCUGGCCUUGGGGGAAGGAUUUGGAGGUGGAGAGGGUUUGGAUGAUAAAAGGAUGGUUUGGUGUUUUAUAGGGAAUGUUAUGGGUCUGGUGCCAUGGGAUGGGGCAGGGUCGGGCAGGGGGGUCACUCACACUGGGGCUCCCACCCUCCCCCAGCUGCAGUUGAGGUGUGCAGAGCAGUGGAGGGGGUCGGGUCGGGUCCUGUCCUUGUCACUGCCAGCAGCCAUGGGUGCCCCAGGGAAACUGCCACACAGGGCUGCCGACUGCCCGGGUGACAACAUGAGUGACAAUCCCACGUGUCCCCUGCCACGAAGCAGGGCCACAGCCGUGGCAGCAGCAGUGGCACAGCAGGGGUUUUGGAGCAGCCUCCAGCAAGGGUUGGUCUCCUCCACCUUCCUCCUCUCCUUCUACCUAACCCUGUUUCCACCACUUCCAUCUCUGCCCAUCAUCUCCAUCACCUCCAUACCACCUCAUCCACCCCGACCUCCUCCACUUCCACCCCAAUCCCACCUCCUCCAAACGUAUUUGUUUCCACCCUGAUCCCACCUCCAUGUCUACCAGCCCCCCCUUCCUCCUGCACCCUUUGUCCAUCGCCUCCAUCUCCCCCUGACCCCACCACCUCCAUCCCCCACUGUGUGCACCAACUUUUCCCACAGAUCCUGCUCGUGUCUGGGUGGGCUCAGCUCCAGGAUUCCACCACUUCUGGUGUUGUCACCCUGGUCCCAGACCUCCUCCAGGCACAGCCACCCCACACAGCAGGAUCCAGCCAGGACUGAGCCCUGA